GAAGUAUUUUGUAACAUUUUAUGUCCUGUUGUAAAACCCCCAUACGUAUUCCGGGAUCAUGGUAUAGCAUAAAAUAUAUAACUAAAGAUAACUAGAUACAUAGUAAAACUACUGCGUAAUAACAUAUACAAGAUUUACACUCUCAAACAUUGUUAACAGAAUGAUUACGGGUUGAGUUAUGUUUGGCUUGAUAUUCCUAUCUAUAUUGGCUGUUCCAGUAUGCUGUUCUGUUAAUGUUGUUCAUAUUUUCUCAGAAGAUAUUGUUGAAUCAUUUCGCGAUAUUCCUGCAGGCUUCGGUGGAAGUUUACCAGAUGCAGGCAUCAAGGGGUUCCUGAAAUAUUUGAAACCAGUUUCUAAAGAUUCAUGCCACUAUUAUGAACCUUCGCCGCCUUGGAUCGACAGCAGUACAGUAUGGAUAGCAUUGAUGGAGCGACAAGGUUGUGAAUUUGUCAAUAUGGUACUCGCUGCACAGAAACUACAUUACAAUGCAGUAGUAGUACACAAUAACGCAACAAUGGGUAAUUCGGUAUUUGAAAUGACAGCCAAUGGAGUGUCAGGAAACAACAGCAAGAAUAUUACUAUUCCAUCUGUAUUCAUUUCAUAUAAAGAUGGAAUAUCAUUAAGAGAUUAUGAUCUCAGAAAUGAUGUUAGAAAUAGUUCAAGGUACUUGGUACAAAUUGAAGACGGCAAAGCAUUUACUGAUUCAGACUCAGAUUCAGAAGAUUCGAAUCCUCCGGCUUUUGUAUUUUGGGGAAAUCUGGUGUUGACAGUACCUUUAGUCUUCGUAGUAGUAUGCUGUACUUGUAAAGUUAAGUACGACCAAAGAAGAAGAACCUCUACAAAUACUCUAAGAACUCCUAAAUGUGUAAAAACAAACAGAAAAGAAGCCCACGAAAGUCCCAUUAGAAUGACAAAAUUUACAAAAGACCACAGAUACGAAACUUGUCCGGUGUGUUUAGACGAUUUUGUUGAGAAAGAUAAGAUAUGGAUAUUACCGUGUGAACAUGAAUUUCAUAUACACUGUAUAAAACCAUGGCUUACAGAGAAACAGAGAACUUGUCCUGUUUGCAAAAGAAUGUCAAUUUCCUUGGAUAUUAAGAAUGUUUAGUAUGCAACAAAUGUGUAAUCAAAUCAUUGUUUAUGUGUGUUGUAAUUUUUAUGUGUGAAUGGCGACAAUCAACAAAUCAAAAUAUUAUUUAUGGUUGAAAAAAAAUUAUCUAUUUUUAAAAUGUCUUUUAAUAUUUAUUUAUGUUUUAUACCAUUAAUCUUUUUUUAUCGUUUGAUAUUUUUAUGUGUAAGGGUUCUACGAAUUCCACGCCUAUGUACUCACUGUUAUUUUGUCUGUGUGGUGAUAUAUUAGGCAUUAGGGAUAGUUGCAUGUGAAAUUGAAAGAUGUCCAAAUAUUGUAUUCUUGCAGUUACUAUUUAUGUAUUUCUAUAUGUUAUAAUGGCGAUUUAUUAUCACAUUAAUAUGUUUUGAAACCAAUGUUUGCAUUUAAUUGUAUUUUCCAUGUUUGUUAACUUGUACCUCAACAUUUGAACCUAAUAAAGUAUAUACACGUUA